AUGGUGAGGCUAUGGAUAUGCUUAGUGGUGGUGUAUCUGGUGAUUGGAGUGGUCAGAUGCAGGAAAGAUCUAAACUUUGAUCAGAUAAUAAAAUACUUGAAAGAAACCAAAGUAAUUCCAGAAGAAAUACCAGAUACUCUUGAAGAAACUAUUAAUAUAGUACCACCAUAUCUUAUAUACAAAUACAAAGGAAAGAUAUAUUACUUGCAUAACAAUGUAGAUAUUACACCAGUAGAAGAAAGAAAAUAUGAACCCGUUUUUCCAUUACAAGACAUAGAUGCAGUUUCAGAGGUCCCAGUGGAGUGCCACCCCAUAACAUCAGGUGGAGAAGUUGAAAAUGUUGUUGUUCCAACACAACAAGAUGAACCUAAAGGAUCAGAACCGGACUCGAUAAAAUUGAUUGUAGAUGAAGAAACUGGAAUGUUAUUUCCAACAAAUACAAAAGAAAUAAUCGAAACAGUAACAGAAAUAAAUAAUACAUUUGAACUUCCAAAGGAUGCACAAUGGAACACUGAAGAAAAUGAAAAAAACAAUACUAUGUACCUUUUUGGAAAAGAAAAUAGUACUAUGUACAAAAUAAAAGAAAUUUUUCAUUAUAAAGAAAAUAAAGAUAUGCAUAAAAAUAUACAAAUUGGUUAUGAACGAUUCUAUAACGAAUCACCAACUGGUGAUAAGGAAUUAGAAGCUGAUAAAAUGAAUCCACAAAUUUCUUACAAUAUUGAAAUGAAAGAUUAUUCUUCCUUUUUAACUUCAUUACACAUUUUGCUUAAAAAUGAUGAAGAACUGGGAGCUAAAAAAAUUUACAAAAUAAAUAAUGUACCCAAGACAGACAUUUAUCUAUUCGUCAAACAAGCUUACAAAAGUAUACAUGACACUUUGAAAAAUUAUAUACUCCUUUCUGGGUUCAGUUUUUAUGAUUACACUUAUGAUGUAGGUUCUUUUUCCCUAGAUACAAUCAUGAACGAUUUCUUUUUCCUCUCUAAUAAUAGUCACAAUGAAAAAGGUACAUUCAGAAAUAUAACUUCCAGCAUUAAAUACAUUUCAACAGCAAAAGAUAAGUUAAGUGUUUACAAAAUAGAAAAAGCAAUCAAAAAGUUCUUAAUAGAAAACAAUUUGAGGGUUCUGGAUCUUAAGCUAAUACAUCAUUUAUUUUCAAGAAAUUACAUACUUAAUUGUACAGAAAAUGAUAUAAUCAAUUUUGCUACAGAUUUAGUAAACAUCACAGAUGUUGAAAUAUCUCCACGAGUAGCAGCAACCAUUUUCUCAUACCUUUUACAAAAAAUUAACAUACACUUAAUGCCUAAUUAUCCAACAAAAAGUAAAGAUAGCUACCUACUAUAUAAAGAAAAUAAUGAUUUAUUAAUCAUCUCAGAAUCCAUUUAUAGGAAUAUUUUUAAAAACUUUUACAGAAUCAUUACACCAUAUGGUGAUCUUCCCAAUACACAUAAUCAUGAAAAAGUGCUAGCCAUAACACCUUGGGUGGAAAAAAUUUAUCCACAUUUCAAAAGUACAUAUGAUUUCUUAUCCAUGAAAUAUGGGUUCGUCUUAUUUUAUAACAUAUAUCAUACUACUGUCAAAUUUUUCGAAGGGAAUUCAGACCUAAGACAAAUCAUGCAAGAACACAAAAGUACAAACAAGGUUGAUACUUUAGAUAAAUUCUUAAACCAACUAGUUGGACUCUUCAAAAUUGGAACGAAUAGUUCAUCGUCUGUCUUUCCUGCAUCUCUCUUCUCGAUGGUUCAGGUGGAGGAGAAGCCAAGAGGGAGAAUUCUGACUAGCGAUAAUGUGGGUUCUGAAUCGGGUGCUCAUUUGGACGACAAAGCAGAUGCAGAAUUGGACUCCGAAGUAGAUGCCAAUUUGGACACCGAUUUGGAUGAUGAUGAUGAAGAAGAUGAGAAGGAGCAUGAAAAAGAAGAAGCAGAAGCAGAAGAGAUCCCAGACGAGAAGCAUGAAGAAGUGCACGCAAGAGAACUAAGCAAAUACAACGAAUUAAGGAAUGCAGUGCAAUCAGAAAUGAUAGAAGAAAGAAAAAAAAUUGCAGAAGAACGAGAAGAAGAAUAUGCAAGAAUUAAAAAACAAGAAGAGGAUGAAAUCGCAGAAAUUGAUAGAAAACACGAAUUAGAAACACAGCAAUUGGAAGAAGAAGAAAAAAUAAGAGAACCAUUGGAAGAUGCAAAAUUUGAAAAAGAACAUGCAGCAGGUCUUCUAGAUGAACAAGCUUUCCGUGCAGAACAAGAAGCAGCACGAAAAGAAAAAGGUAUAGAAAAAGUAAUUAUUCAUGAAACUAGAGAAACUCCAGAAUCAUUUUAUUACAAUACAGCUUUGAAUUAUAUAUAUAAAAGAAUGGAAGAUGUAUACAAGAAAGCUCUAGAUUCAGGAUUCAGAGGUGUGGCUGAGAUCGAUAAUAAUUUAAAACCUAUAUACAGAGUGUUUAGAAGAAAGGGAGAUCCUGAUUAUGGAAAAUUGAAAGAUCAAGUGAUAAAAACUAACGAAAAAUUAUUUGAUGAGUUAAAUACUAGAAUAAAAAAUGAAGAGAGUAAAAGAAGUAACAUCUAUACCUACAAAUCAGAAAUAGAUGCACAACUAGACAAAAUGAUGGAAAAAAGUAAAGAUGGAAAAUAUAUUAUCACUUCCAAAUUAAUCAAUGAUAAUUUACAAUCCUAUAAAGAUAAAGUUUUGGAACAAUGCCAACAAAAAUUUUACGGAAAGUUUAGAAAAAGUUUAGGAAAUAAAAAAAUGCAAUUCUUAAAACAGCUUAAUGUUACUCUUAAAUAUGCAAUUAGAAUUGUUACAGAUCUAGCACCCAGUUAUGAUGAAGCUGAAACGACAAAAAAAUUUACUGACAUUUAUAAACAGAAAAAAGAAUUAUAUAAAAAAGAAUAUUCAAAGAUUAGAAGAAUUAUAUCUAGAAAUAUGGAUGUUACUUUUAGAAACAAAAUCAAAUCACAUUUUAAUGAAAGAGAUGAAAUAGUAAGAAAAGAAUUACAAACGAUUAGAGAAUAUAUUUUAGGUAAAAUUGAUCAGGUCGCUCAUGAUAUGUAUAAUGAUAUGCAUGUAGAGAUUGAAAUCGAUAUGACAUCUAUCAAACAAGAAAAAAUUAAAAUAAAGAAAAAAUCUUUCCAACUAGCUAAAGAAGCAAUAAAUUUUCCAAAUGAUUUAAAAGUAUUAGAAGAGAGAUUGUUACAACUCGAAACUGACAACUCUCCAGAUGGUAUUAAAAAAAAAGAAACAUUAACAAAUGAAAUUGAAAAAUUGAAACAGAAAAUAGAAACAAAUAAAAAAGAAGCACAAACUUUUAGAGAACAUAUGGACGCUCUUGAUCAAAGGUAUGAACAGACAAUCAUAAAAUUAGAUUCAAUAAACGAAAUAGAAAAAAAAUUGAGAACAUUCAAAUAUGAAAUUGAUAAAGAAUACAAAGAUUGCAAAAUGUUUACAGAUGCACUCGUACCUGAGUCAGAUAAAGAUGCAGGAGAGUAUAGACAAAUAGAGAAACUAACUAAAGAUCUUCUCUUUUCCUUGGAUGAUAUAAAACGGGAAAUUUAUGAAGCAAAUAUUCUUUUACAUAUUCUUAAGAACAAAAAAAAACAUACCGAAUUGGACAUACAAAUCAGAAGCAAGCUUCACAAAGUAGAAGAAAAUGCAGAAAAUACAUCUAAAAAUGAUUUAAAAAAACAACAAUUAAAAGAAAUAGUCUCUGAAAUAGAAAAUCAAGAAAAUGAAUUAGAAAGAUUGUAUAUCAAAAGAGAUCUAGAAAUGAACGAUUUAAAUUACAUAACUAGUGAUAGUGAAAAUGAACCUCCAGAAACUAUUAAAUAUUUCCUACCUGAACUAGUAAAAAAAAAGGAAAAAAAAAAUUUAGAACAUUUUAUGAUAGAAAUUAUGAUAGAAACAGAAAUAGAAAAUAAUGCACUCACCAAAUUGACAGAAACAUUUAAUAAUGAGGUCCUAUUUUAUAAAUAUCCAACUAUAAACACAUAUGAUUAUUUAAAAUUGCCUUACGAUGAAAAAAAUAUGCAUGAAAAAAUGUCUGCAGAAGCUCAGAGAAAUGCAAACAUCUAUGCAUCCAAAUUGGAGGAUUUCAGAACGGAUUUAAAAAAAUAUGAACGGUUAAUACAAAAACAUGGAGGACAAACACAACCAGAUGCAAUCAAUUACUUAAAAAGAAACAUAAUCCAUUUGAGAAAUAUGAUAUAUGCAUUAAGAAAAAAUGAACAUGUGAGAAACCUUACCUACAUUCUCACGAACCCAGAUUUUUUCCAAAACGGAAGUAUUAAAAAUGAAGAUAGACAAUGUGAACUAGCACAUACAUCACUUCUAAAGAAAUAUUUGAAAUUGCAUGAAUUUGGAAAUUCUCUCACUGAAGCUCGAAAGAAAGCAAAUUUAUUUGAAGUGCAUUAUAAAUACACAUCAGAUAAAGUACUAUGGUACUGGGCAAUCCUAAAAAAAUACAUUGAAAGAUCAGAAAUGGUGUAUAACAACUCUUAUGAUUCUACAAAAAGAUCUAGAUUAAAACUAACCGAAUUUUCAGAAAAUGAUGUUAGUUCUAUCUCAGAUGGAGGAACAGUACUUCUACAAUAUGGCCAACAUGUGUGGAGAGAUUCUUGGGGAGAAGCAGUAGAGAAAAGGAAAUACCUAAGGGUUAUUAAAAAAGAACAAACCUUUCCAUACAAAUUGAAAGAAGUAAAAGAUCUUUAUGUUCUGAAUAAAAUACUAAAAGAUAAAUUAAUUCGAAGUGGAAAAUUACAAUCUCUUAAAGACUAUAUGUAUGUGAAAGUAUAUAACAUAGUGGAACAGAAAGAACCAAAUAUGGUUCUCUUCGAGAAAGAAGAAUUAAAACAAUUAGAUUUGUUAUCUCCAGAUGGAAAUAUAAUUCAAGGAAGUGUAAAGAAUUAUCUGAGUCAUCUACCAACUAUGCAGCAUGGGGUAGAGGAAUACCUAAAAGACAUUUUAAAAACUGCAUCUGAUUAUUUAACACAAAGUGAUAUGACUUAUGAUUCCAUUUUAGAAGUUAUAAAAUAUUUGCAAUCAAAUCCAAAUUCAGUAAACAUAAGAGAUAUAAUAACCCUAAGUGAAAAAAUUUUGGACAAUUCAAGAGUCUUUUACCUUUCACAAGACACAUUAUCUAUAUACAUCUUAACAUUUUUAGAACUACUAGGUGUGCAAGUAAAAAUGGAUGAUAUACAAGCUGUAGACAAAAAAUCAAGAGUUUUAACAUACUUAAAUGUUUUAAAAAGCUACUACGAACGAAUUAAUAUCAAAGAUGAAAUAAAAAAUCAUGUACUUGGAUUUUUAAAACCAAAACAAGAAUUACAAAUAUUGCAAUAUAACCCUAAAUUGCAUGAAUUUCUACUGGGAAUACUUGAAAGUUUAGACGGGAAUAAUUCAUUGUAUGAAAAUUUUAAAAAAGAAAAUCCAGAAUUUUCUACACUCCUUUUAAACGGUAUCAAAAAAGGAAUAGAUGAAUUUAUUGAUUACUUUUUUUCCAAAUUAAAUGUACCCAUGACAGAUAAAUUUAAAUCCAGAUAUUAUAGUGUUAAUGAAUUUACAAAAAUUGAAAAAGAAAAACUACUUGUAUCAUCUUAUAAUUUCCAAAUCAGAAAAUUAAACGAUACAUUGACAUUAUUUUCUUAUUAUGUCAAUCCAUCAUCUAGAAAUUUACUCAAUGAACAUUACAUAAAAGCAAACAUAUCUUGUAUUCAAAAAUUUCCAACUUUCGAUUUUAAAGAUAUUUUCUCAGUAGUAGAUGGAACAAUGCUGAAAAAUAAAUUUGAAGAAAAAAUGGGUGACUACAUACAUGAUCGCAUUCAUUCUUUGGUUAAUUUAUGGAGAUUAUUUUUACACUCUGAGAACAAGGAAUUUUUUACAUAUGAAAAAGUAAGUUCCGCUGUUGAAUCCUAUUUUUCAGAUAACAUAUUUGAUAAGAAUACAAAAUCCAUGUUGUCCAAAUUGGCAUACUCCUUUUUGGCUAGAAUUUCUUACCAUACUGUCUCUUACUUUGAUAUUGAAAUGGAACCUCUCAUUCAAAAUAGCGAUAUCCAAUUAAUAUCACUCUUUCACAACAUACUUAAUAAAAUAAAUUAUAUACUUUAUUGUGAUAAUGAAAAGUUAUAUCUUGAACGAUAUACACCAUCCAAUCUUUUAUCAUAUAAUAGACCAUUUAAAUUAGAUGCAUUAAAAAUAUUCCACGAAUUCAUUACUUCCUUGCCACACUAUUUAAGAUCUCAUAUUGUUAACUUCUUCGAAACAGAUUUUUCUGAAAUAACUUCUAACCUAAUUGUUGAUCUUUUCCACCACUUUGAAACAUUCUUAGAUAAUAAUAGUAAUUCAUUUGAAAAGGAAGAAGAAAACAAAAUCGAAUCCUUCUUCAAAUUGAACAUUUCAUUUACAAAAAAUAGAAAUGUUCUAAAUGAUGAUUAUCAGUCUAUGCUCCAAGAAUCCCCAGAUUUCAAAGAGACAAAAAUGAUACACAACAGAAGGGUAAUAUAUGAUCCUGUAAAUAAAAAAACAAUGUUUAAACAAUAUCUAGAUCUACAUGAUAUCAUAGAUGAAAAAUCUUUUAAAAUAUUACUUCAAACAUUGAUAAAGGAGCAUAUCACCUUUGACCAAUUGAAUGAAAAAUUUAAAAAUUUUAUGAAGAAAAAAAAAAUUACUUUUCCAAAAUUUGACAUUUUAAAAAAAAAAAUUAUCGAAACUGCAGAUGAAUUGUAUUACCUAAAAAUUUAUAAGUACCUGUAUGAUUUAUUCCAAAAAAUACAUAUAUCUCAACCCAUACACGAUCUAUACUUUCUCUUUGUGAAACAACUUUUAGAUUAUUCUAUCGCACCACAUAUCAUAUCAGACGACCAUGUGCAAAAGCAGUUGAAUAUACAACUCGGAAGAAAAUAUCAAAAAUAUAUUAACUUUUUAAAUCAACUAUUUUCAUGUCUCUUCAAUUAUUACUAUUUUGAUGAAAUGCAGCAUUGUGAAGCAUUUGGAAAUUACAUAUCUGAACAAGAAUUUCCUACAGAACAGAAAAUACUAAACGUUAUACAAACUCCGUUCAUUCAAAUGCCAGAUGUAGUUCAAAAUAAUGAAAUUAAUUUUGAUUAUCACAUGAAUGAGGAAGAUUUAUUCCUUGAUUUUAUUAAAGAAUUUAUUCCUGAUAGUGAAAAAAUGGAAAAGAAACAACUAAAAGUGGAAUCCUUUAAAAUUAGAUAUUUUAUCACAGAAAUCUCCAAAUUUGUUAUGCGCACUGUUAUGUCAAAAAUGCCAUCAUCUUAUAUUUUCAACAUGGGAUACAAAGAUUUUUACAUAAACAUAGAUGACAUUAUCAACAAUUUACGACCAUUCUUUGAGAAAGCACAAAAAAAAUCGAAAGAACAAUCAGAUCAUCAUGACCCCAUACAUGCUUCUUCUUCUUCUACUGCUGCGACAGAUGCUGUCAGAGGAACUAUUACAAACUUUAUGGAUAUAGACAAUGUCGAAUCUGCAAAUUAUCGAUAUAAAAACAUCAAGUUUUAUCUAAAUAGUUAUAUCACACAACUGUUCCUUCAGAAUAACAUGUCUUUCAAGUAUUUCAUGCACUUCAUUAAAAACAUAGACAAAUUUAAGAGAUACUUCCCAACCCUCUCAGAGUUGUACAUAUUUGUCGACAAGCAAGUUAAUAUCAUCAAUGCAAUUACAAACCCUAAUUUUACAAAACGUGCAUCAACACAAACCAUCAUUCAGAUUUUUGUAGACACUUUGAAGAACUUCAAUGUGGAUCUCUACGAGUUUUAA